CAACAUGGUCACUCCGUACCGGCAUCCUACGGGUCAGGCAGCCGGUGGCACCUUAAUUGGGGAAGACGGCUCACAGUAAUGGCAUCUAACACAUACAUGGUGUCCAUGUGUUUGAUACCAUUCCCUGGCACCCAUUACCUGGCAGAUCUAAGGACGCUCCAUUAUGCGUACCAACGACUUUGUUUCCAGGUCGAAAAUGUCCGAUUUGUCUUGAACGCAGCAUAAUCUUCCAACGAGUUUCCAGUCGGGAGUUUCCGCAUUGUCUGGAACGCGACAGAAGUAUGUCAUCAUCCAAAAGUCUUUAGUGGGGCUGGAAUAUAAGGAAUGUGAAUGUCGGAGGACCAGGCAGCGCAGAAGGAUGAGCUGCUUGCUCUAGCGAGUAUUUACGACGAAGAGGAGUUUCACGGAGCUGAAUCGGCACAAGGCGGAGAAAUACAACUAUGCCUUGAACUUCCUCCUAAUUUCAAGUUGAUAGUCAAAGGAGACAAGCACACAGAAUAUGACGUAUCUUUCCUACCUCCCCUGGUGCUUAACUUUGAACUUCCUGCCGACUACCCUUCCUCCUCAUCGCCGGUCUAUACACUAAGUUCCAAAUGGCUGUCAAGGGACCAGAUGACUUCUCUCUGCAAGCGUCUGGAUGAGCUGUGGGGGGAGAACCAGGGCUGUGUUGUCCUCUACACAUGGAUCCAGUUCCUCAAGGAGGAGGCGUUUGCCUUCCUGGAUGUCAAGUCUCCACUAGAGGUUGUUAAGGCAGGCAAGGCUCUGGUUGACUCGAAGGGAAGCAAGGCUGCUGUGAAGCGGGCGGGGACUAUAAUCGGGGAGGAAGACAAACUGGAGUCUCUGCUGGAGCUGGACCCCCGUGCUGUGCUGGUGGUGGAUCCCCGUACUCAUAUCCUACCUCAGCUACUGGACUUUGACGAAGCUCAAAGGCAGAAGGUGUUUGACGGCAAGGCGUUCUGCUGUAGCAUCUGCUUCAUGGAGAAGCUGGGCUCGAGCUGCCUGUGCUUCAAGGAAUGCCAGCACGUGUACUGCAAGGCCUGCAUGACAGAGUACUUCGGGAUUCAGAUCCGCGACGGCAACGUUCAGUGUCUUAACUGCCCCGAGCCCAAGUGCACCUCCUUGGCUAUGCCCUCACAGGUCAAGCUCCUUGUCGGGGAGGAGUUGUUUACUCGUUAUGACCGUCUCCUGCUUCAGUCCAGCCUGGACCUGAUGGCUGAUGUGGUGUACUGUCCUCGCCAGUCAUGCUGCCAGGCUGUGAUGGUGGAGCAAGACACCACCAUGGGCAUCUGCCCUGCCUGUCAGUACGCCUUCUGCACCCUCUGCAAACGUGGAUACCACGGCCUGUCCCACUGCAAGGUCACAGCAGAUGAGCUGCAAGGCCUAAGGGAUGAGUAUAUCUCUGCCAGUGCCGAGGGGAAGAAGUUCAUGGAGCAGCGCUUUGGGAAGCGAGUUAUCCAGCGUGCCGUGGAGGAGUCCUUCAGCAGGGACUGGCUCUAUGAGAACUGUAAAGGCUGCCCGCGCUGUGGCACUAACAUACAGAAGGUAGAUGGCUGCAAUAAGAUGACUUGCACCUCGUGUAAGCAGUACUUCUGCUGGCUGUGUCUGGGCCAGCUCACACUUGUCAACCCCUACAGCCACUUCAAUAACCCCUCCUCGCCUUGCUACAACCAGCUGUUCCAGGGUGUGGAUAUUGAUGAAGAUGAUGCCUUGAGUGAUGAAGAGGACUGAUGUGUGCAAUACCUCAGUGUGCUUCGUUUGUUUGCAAUUUAUCUCACCCUCACGACACAAACUGCAUAUGGAUUUAGCCAACGCCACCAUUUCUCACCAUCAUUGAUCAAGCAUUUACUAUGCCAAAAUAUAUCAGUCAUUUCUAAUGGUUAACUGGCUAGCAGAGAGCAAUUCCCAGGUUAUACAGGCACAUUACCUUACUCCAUACAGAAGUCAAAUACUCAGGGCCAGUAUUUUUCUGAAAGCAUGCUCGUGAAGACUGCGUUCUAAUGUGAUGGGUUACAGUUCUAAUGCUGAGUUUAGAUGAUUUGAACAGAUAAUGUUGCCAUGUUUUAUCAAUCUCAAUUUAAAAAGAAUAUUCUGGGAUCUUGGGUGAAAUCUUAAUAUCAAGAACGGAGAACAACAUUUUUGGAAGUUUUUACUAUUUAUUUUGAUCAUGAGUUAAAAUCUAUGUGGAAGAAUAUGUGUACACCCGGAUACCAUCCAAACCAUGAGCUAACAACUUGAUGUGAAAAAAGUAAAUAUAGCGUUGCCAAAUGUGACAUUCAGCCAAUGGCUAAUAUUUAAUGUUAUGUUGCUGGAAUAGGAUUUUUAGACACACUUUUUAAAAAUGUUUUUGUUCCUUUUUCACUAAAGGUACACUCAUACUGAUUAGUUAAAUAUUUUUUCAGUACAAAAAGAUUAGUCCUUAACCACAUUUCCUAGUUACUACCUCACAUGAUCAUUUUCAUCCAAAAAGUGGUUGUCUUGUGUUUUAAUAACCAUAUACAAACGACUGUUUUGAUUUUAUGAUGGGGGUUAUAGGACAUUUAGCCUGUUUCUCAAUACAUGUUUUAUGGCGA